UUCGAAUGGCAGCGAGUGAUCUCGCGAAUAAUCAGCUCCAGGUUGUCGCGGUUGACGCCGGCGGUCAUGAAUAUUGCCAGGAGUCGUCGGGAGCGAGAUAUCAGGGCACUGCCUUCGGCGGAGCGCCAAGUCGCGAAAUUAUGCUGCUACCAGGUCGGCGAGAUUGCUCCGGCAUUGCAGGUUACGACGGGCCCCGGAGGGAUUCGAACCCUCGAUCUCCUGUUUACUAGACAGGCGCUUUAACCAACUAAGCCACGGCGCCAUUGGAGCCACGUGAAUUCUCAUCAUUUAUCAAUUUAGCAAACUUUUUGCACACGAUGGAGACAAUGGCAACUUGGGUGGACGCGUAUGCUGCACCGGAGGAUCCGGUUCGGGCAGAACGGGGUCAGCUGGAAGCGGACUUUGCGGCCGUAAAGUGGAAGCAGUGGCAGUUUCGGUGGACCAGAUGCCGCACCGGAGGAUCCGGUUCGGGCAGAGCUGGUUCAGCUCAAAGAUCGUCCGUUACCAUGGUGGUAGACCCACGGAAGACAGUGACAAUUUCGGUGGACGCGAAUGUGCCGUACCGGAGGAUCCGGUUCGGGCCAAGCAGGGCUGGCUCGAAGAACGUUAACAAGCAUUUUUAA